GGUAGUUUCCACGAAAAGCACCGUUGGACAAGUACUGUAUGGCGUGCUCUACUUGGUGCCGAUAAUCAUCAUAGUGACUGCCUACUGCACCAUGGUUUUCAUCAUGGGCUUCCGGCGGUGCGCGAGGCGGGGCGCCGAGGCGCGGGACCCCGGCUGGGACCAGAUCAGCCUCUCGCUGUGCGUCCUCAUCCUCAUGAACCUCCUCCUGGACGUCCCCCACAUCACCAUGCAUCUCAUGGGCGUCAAAUGGACGGAACCUUUCUUCGUGAUCGUCCAUGCGAUCUACCGCCUCCACUUCGCCCUGGACCCCGUCGUCUUCGUGGGUCUGAACCAGCGGUACCGCCAGAAGGCGCUGCAGAGGGCCUUCUCGCUGGUGCCCGGCCGGCGCCUCCCGUCUACUGGCUAGUUUUCACUGUUGCGUUUCCAGUUCAUGUUACUACCGCUAUUAUAUCUAAUUUCAGAAGCUCUUACCUCAGCUGUAUCUUCUUCACGUGCUUGACGAUUGCUAGACACUGUCUUACCACGUGUUUUGCAUCAAGGUCUAUAUAAGUAAGGUCUCACAGAGAUAUUCACAUUCGUCCGUCUCGCGCAUGACGUCACGCAGCAUAAAUGCUAGGGGUUCGACGCUAAUCAUGCGGUCAGUCAUGCAUUGAAAGUACAAACAUCUCCCGUCUUCACACGCGUGACUGUCUAGCGUGCACAAAGCAAGGGCAUCCCGCAAUGCCCCGGACUUGUAUUUCUAUGCGAUUAUUAUUAUUA